AUGCUGCCGCUUGUUCGUGAACUAGUGUGCGGAAGCGAUAACGAGAUUUCUGCUUUAGAUACGAAAUUGUCAUAUUUUCAGCUUUUCGAAGGUGGAUGGCGAAACAGUACCAACAUUCCGCAAGUAUCAAACUGCGGUCAACAUACAGACUUCUCUUCAAUACCGACUAUAUUUAUUGCAAUAUUCUCAACGAUAGUAUUCUAUCAACUCUACGAAAGCCGUAACGCACACUUACGAAGCUAUUCACCGAUAUCUCUACGAAUUAUUUUUUGUUGCCUUCUUCUUAUCGAUCUCACUGCUACCGUCAUUUAUGAUUUUUCACUCCGCUUCACCAACUCCUCAAUCUACGAUCCUAUUCAUCUCUACGGCGACAUAGUGCAAUAUGCAGGAUUUUCCUUGGUUCUUGUGUUGACAAUUGCAUGCCGGAAUCGGGGAAUCACUACAUCCGGAGUCAUCACCUUGUACUGGCUUCUUGUCGUGGUGUGUGGAGUUCCCGAGUUGAGAUACUAUUUAAGUGGAUACAAUGUUGACCCGUACAGAGCUGCACUGUACAUCGUUUCAUUCAUUUUCUCAUCCUUGGAGCUUUUCCUCUGCUGUUUCGCAGACACUACUUCUAACGGAUAUAUUGGAAAGAAUUCAUGCCCUGAAUACACUGCAUCUUUCCUCAACCAACUGACAUUUGAAUGGUUCUCAGGGCUAGCAUAUCUUGGAAACAAGAAAUCAUUGGAAAAAGAAGAUCUCUGGGAUCUCAAUGAACGUGACAAAGCUAAAAAUCUGAUACCUUCUUUUAUGCAAAAUUUGAAACCGGAAGUGGAGAGACAUCGUAAAAUGAUUAAGAAAAAUCCGGAAGCUAUCGACCCCAAAUUUCAUCCAUCGAUAUUAUUCCCAAUUUUCAAAACAUACAAGUUUACUCUACUGGCCGGAGGUUGUUACAAAUUAAUGUUUGAUUUGUUGCAAUUUGUGGCACCGGAACUUUUGAGACAACUCAUCAGCUUUAUUGAAGACAAAAAUCAACCAAUGUGGAUUGGUGUCUCAAUUGCUCUUCUGAUGUUCCUAUCAUCUCUGAUUCAAUCUAUGAUCCUUCAUCAGUAUUUCCAUGAAAUGUUCCGAUUGGGUAUGAACAUCAGAUCGGUUUUGACAAGUGCCGUAUACUCAAAAACGCUGAACCUUUCCAAUGAAGCAAAAAAAGGAAAAACAACUGGAGCAAUUGUCAACUUGAUGUCAGUAGAUAUCCAGAGAAUUCAAGAUAUGACAACUUUUAUCAUGUUGUUCUGGUCGGCCCCGCUACAGAUUCUUCUCUCCCUCUACUUCUUGUGGAAACUGCUUGGUGCAUCAGUUUUAGCUGGUUUCAUCAUCCUCAUUCUCUUGAUUCCGUUCAAUUCUUGGAUUUCGGUAAAGAUGAGAAAUUGUCAAAUGGAACAAAUGAAAUAUAAAGACGAGCGAAUCAAAAUGAUGUCAGAGACACUGAACGGAAUGAAGGUGCUCAAAUUGUAUUCUUGGGAGAAAAGUAUGGAAAAAAUGAUUUUGGAUGUUCGAGAGAAAGAAAUUCGUGUUUUGAAAAAGUUGUCUUAUCUCAACGCAGCAACAACUCUUUCCUGGGCCUGUGCUCCAUUUUUGGUUGCUGUGCUGACAUUCGGUCUAUACGUACUUUGGGAUCCUGAGAACAAUAUCUUGACUCCUCAAAUCACGUUUGUUGCAUUGGCUCUGUUCAACAUUUUGAGAUUCCCGCUUGCUGUCUUCGCUAUGGUUUUCAGUCAAGCUGUUCAAUGUGCUGCAAGUAACACUCGUCUUCGAGAAUUUUUCGCUGCUGAAGAAAUGGCUCCGCAGUCGUCGAUUGCAUACGGCGGCACAGAAUCUGCUGUAAAAAUUGACGAUGGUGCAUUUGCGUGGGGACCAAAAGAAGAGGAUAAAUCACUACACAACAUCAGUUUUGAUAUUAAGCGGGGACAGCUUGUUGCCGUUAUCGGAAGAGUGGGUUCAGGGAAAUCGAGUUUACUUCAUGCAUUGCUUGGCGAGAUGAACAAACUGUCUGGCAGUGUUCAAGUCAAUGGAUCUGUUGCCUAUGUUCCUCAACAAGCGUGGAUUCAAAAUUUGAGCUUGCGAAACAACAUUCUAUUCAAUAAAACGUACGAUGAGAAGCUGUAUCGGAAAGUUAUUGAAAGUUGUGCCCUGGUUCAAGAUUUGGAAAGUCUUCCAGCUGAAGACCGUACUGAAAUCGGAGAAAAAGGAAUUAACUUAUCUGGUGGCCAAAAACAAAGAGUGUCUCUAGCAAGAGCAGUGUAUCAAAACUCGGAAAUUGUGUUGCUCGAUGAUCCACUAUCCGCUGUUGACUCACAUGUUGGAAAACACAUUUUUGAAAAUGUCAUUUCUUCUGCCACCGGAUGCCUCGCAACAAAAACUCGUAUUUUGGUUACUCAUGGAUUAACUUAUUUGAAACAUUGCGACAAAGUGAUUGUGCUCAAAGAUGGUACCAUCAGUGAGAUGGGAACCUAUCAAGAACUGAUGAACAGUAAUGGAGCAUUCGCGGAAUUCUUGGAAGAAUUUUUGUUGGAAGAAUCGAAACAUCGGGGUAGAAGCAUCAGCUUUGGAGAGGAUUCUAAAGAAGUCGACGAGAUUCUUCACGACCUGGACCAAGUCAGUCCUUCAAUUCGUCAGAGAAUUCAAAGCCAAAUGAGUCAGGAAAUUGACAGAGUUGACGAGAAAAAUGCAGAGAUCGUUUCAAAUGGUCAUCAGAGAAAUGAAUCAGCACAUAGUCCCGCAGGCAAGAGCGACGAGAAAGAAGCACUCCUUGGACCAAAAACCAAAGAAAAGACACCAGAACCACCGAAACAGGCCAAAACCCAGUUAAUUGAAAGAGAAGCAGUCGAAACUGGAAAAGUUAAAUUUGAAAUCUAUAUGUCUUAUUUCCGCGCAAUCGGUAUGCUGAUUGCACUGGUUUUCUUCUUGGUCUACGUUGCAAGUAGUGUACUAGGAGUGUUUAGUAACUUAUAUCUAGCCAGAUGGUCUGAUGAUGCUAAACGGAUUGCACUUGCUGGAAAUGUGAGCGCUAGGGAAACAUAUGUCCGAUUAGGAGUAUACGCUAUGCUGGGAAUGGGUCAAGCAAUUUCUGUCUGUAUGGCUUCUGUCAUUAUGGCUUUAGGAAUGGUUCGCGCUAGUAGACUUCUUCACGGUGGCCUCUUGCACAAUAUGAUGAGAUCUCCCAUGGCAUUUUUCGAUGUGACACCACUUGGACGAAUCCUUAAUAGAUUCGGAAAGAUAGUUUCGCAGGAUAUGGACGUGGUGGAUGAGCGUUUACCGGACAACUUUGGCGAUUUUUUGCUCACUUUCUCCGAGCUAGUCUCUUGUGUCGUUUUCACUACUUAUGCUACACCGGUUUCGAUUUUUGCAAUAGCGUUCAUUGCUGUUGGAUGUCUUUUUAUCCUGGACAUUGAAGCUGUUGAUCAAACGCUUCCACAUUCGAUUCGCGCAAUGGUUAUGACAAUUUUCAAUGUGAUCUCGACAGUUGUCGUGAUUAUCUGGGCGACACCAUGGGCUGGAAUUGCAUUUUUCGUUCUGGGCCUCAUCUACUUUGUUGUCCUGGAUGUUGAUGUCAUCGACUCUCGAUUGCCUGCUUGCAUAAUGACAUUUGUUGGAGCAAUUGUACAAGCUGUGACUAUUUUUGCUGUGCCUAUAUAUGCGACACCUGGCUCACUACUGAUCAUUGUUCCAACAUUAUAUGGAUAUCUUCGACUUCUGGAUGUGGAUGGUGUCGACACGGAAAUUCCUCGCUCAAUGGCGAUGUUCAUACGGACGGCAGAGCAAUCUAUCGGAAUUUUGGCGAUCAUCUUGUGGGCAACGCCGCUUGCAAUAUCUGUUUUAUUGCCUUUGUUGGUUGUUUAUAUUGUUGUCCUGGUGCGUUAUUGUUGUCUUCUGUUUUGUACUUCGGGUUGCGUGUCGCAGCUAUUGCUUGUGGUUAUUUAUCUUUUAUUGCAUAGAUUUUACGUAAGCACUUCGAGGCAACUGAAACGUUUGGAAUCCGCUUCAAGAUCUCCAAUCUAUUCUCAUUUUCAAGAGUCAAUCCAAGGAGCAUCUUCAAUCCGUGCUUAUGGAGUUGUCGACAAAUUUGUCAAAGAGUCGCAGCAUAAAGUUGAUGAGAACCUGGCAACUUAUUAUCCAAGUAUUGUGGCAAACAGGUGGUUGGCAGUUCGACUUGAAAUGGUUGGCAAUUUGAUCGUCCUUUCUGCUGCCGGAGCUGCAGUUUACUUCCGCGACUCACCAGGGCUCUCGGCUGGACUUGUUGGAUUAUCGGUAUCAUAUGCAUUGAACAUCACUCAAACAUUAAAUUGGGCUGUUCGAAUGACAAGUGAAUUGGAAACCAACAUUGUAGCUGUGGAAAGAAUCAAAGAGUACACAAUCACUCCAACGGAAGGAAACAAUUCACUUGAAUUAGCUGCUCCAACCUGGCCAGAAAAAGGGGACAUUCUCAUCAAAAAUUUCAGUGUCAGAUAUCGUCCAGGACUAGAAUUGGUGCUCCAUGAAGUGUCAGCUCAUGUUGCACCAAGUGAGAAAGUGGGAAUUGUGGGUAGAACGGGCGCUGGUAAAAGCUCGUUGACUCUGGCUUUGUUCCGAAUCAUCGAGGCAGAUGGCGGAUGUAUAGAAAUUGAUGGUGUGAAUAUAGCGGAUUUGCAACUUGAGCAAUUACGCUCUCGACUCACAAUUGUACCACAGGAUCCUGUUUUGUUUUCGGGAACCUUACGAAUGAAUCUGGAUCCAUUUGAUGCAUUCAACGAUGACCAAAUUUGGGAAGCGUUGAGAAACGCUCACUUGGAAUCGUUUGUUAAUUCUUUGCAACAUGGGCUCAGCCACAAAAUUUCAGAAGGGGGAGAAAAUUUGAGCGUUGGGCAGAGGCAGCUGAUAUGCCUUGCGCGUGCACUUCUCAGAAAAACCAAAGUGUUGGUAUUGGACGAGGCAGCAGCAGCAGUUGAUGUGGAAACUGAUAGUCUGCUACAGAAAACUAUUCGUGAACAAUUCAAAGAAUGCACAGUUCUCACAAUUGCUCAUCGUCUAAAUACGGUUAUGGACAGUGAUCGCCUCUUAGUGUUGGACAAAGGACGUGUGGCAGAGUUCGACACUCCGAAGAGACUCCUUGCAAACCCGGAUGGAAUUUUCUAUUCCAUGGCCAAAGAUGCUAACGUUUUAUAA